CGCCUUGUCAGCCACCAUCUACCAUUCAAGUGCAGCACUGCAUCUUCUGAUAUGGUACACACAAGCGAGAGCGACAUUGCCAGUGUCCUCACUGCAUCAUCGAUAGAUUGACACAUUGAACAAAACCACCCCCGCCCCGCCAUGCUAGGCUCUUCACGAGUGUGUGACGUGCAUUCGACUCUGCUCGACCACUUGCAGCAAAUCACCCAGACGCACGGGCUCCGCACACGCACCAACCUGCACACACACAUGACCCAUGUCAGGCCUCUCUCUGUGUCUGCGUACCAUCCUGACUGUCAUGGCUCCCGCGGCGCAGCCGAGCUUCAAGCCGAGCUCCACAGAGCGGCCCCACACCCAGCCAAACAGAAAGCCCGCAUCGAAGGCAUCGCCCGCACCGGUGGCGUCCACAAUCGCCUCACUCGGUAAGGACACAGCCGGGCACUGAUACACACGAUAUGGCAAAGAACUGCACAGACAGACAGGCAGCAUAAAAGGGGAGACAGAGAGUGGCGGGGUGUGUGUGUGGAUGUGUGUGCAUCAUCUUACCUGUCGUGUGUGUCUGGGUGUGUCUUUCGCUGUGCUGCGAUAGCGCCGCGGUCGCCCUGCUUCAUGACCACCAGGGGGACGCGGCGCACGAGCCAAUCGAGGGCGGCCAUGCGGUCAGACACAUCUGCACGCACUCAUGGUGUGGCUGAGUGGUGGGUGGGAUGUUGUUGUGUGUUGACUGACGGGCGUACUUGCGAUGCGCGUGGCCUCGGUCUCGUUGGGGAGGAAGCAGUCGAUCAGCGGCAGGACGUCAUCCAGGCCGUCGAACCGAUCUUAGCACACACACACACGCGCAUCCAUCUCUGUGUGUGUGCUCGUGUGUGUGUUGGUGUCUAGCUAAAGGCGCACCCACCGUGGGGGUCGAAUGCGGUGUCCAUGCUGGUCGUCAUCCCAAGAGCCUUCACCUGAGCUGCAUAACAUGACAUAGCACAGCACAGCACAGCACAGAGAUACACCCACCCACACACCGACACAUGUGCAAUUGACAGACUAACGUACCCAGGAUGGUGGGCAGCUGUGGGCGUAGUGCGUGUAGGUUGUAGACGCCCGCCAGGUGCAGGUGCCCCACCCGGCCGCCGCUCACCAAGGACACCAUGUCGACGUCACUCACAUCCCACGCACCUGUCGCACCGUAGUCUGUCACAAACCUGUUGGACACAGACACACACACACAUGUGUGUUGGGGUGUGUGUGUGUGCGUGCGGCUUACGCGCGAUCGCCGUCGGCUGCGAGGCAGAGGCAGACUCCGGUGCUCUUCUUCUUGUCGGUGGGGCCGCACACCUCCACAUUCACCUGGGCGCACUUGUCGCGCAGAAUCCGGGCGAACGCAUCCUCACCAAACGCACCCUGAACACAUGCACACACAUGGACGGAUGGAUGGGUGGGUGAGGAUAUGGACGCGCUUGUUGUGAGUCUGUGUCCCGUACCUGCAGGAGGACCGUGUGUGCAUCACACCAUUUGGGCAGCUCGUCCGCUGAAGGGAAAGGCGAGUCGGCCUGCACACACGCCGAGACGAACACGUGCGGGCAGUAAGAGACAUGAACGUGUAUGGGUGUCCACGACUCGUACCGAGCGUAUUUGCCCGAGUGGGUCGUUGUCGAUGGCCGACGGCCGCGACGACUCGACGAGCGACGACAGAUGCACCGCUGUGUUGAGUGCUGAGCCUGUGUGAGGGUGUACAGCGGUCACACACAUGGAUACGUCUGCCUUUGUGUAUGUCUGUGUGCUUCGCCCCUUACCGCCCGGGAGGAUGCGCAUUGGCUGUGUGCAGGCCGUGUCGGUGCCCAACACAGGUAGCCGGGGCAGCUGAGCACACCACACACACACAUGGAUACCGGGUGCGCCUUCGCGCCUGCCUGCCUGCCUGCCUGUCCACCUGUGCAGCCACAAUGUCUGCGCACACACACAAACACACAACACACAAAGACACGUGUGCACCCCACGCACAUUGUGUAUGUGCGUGUGUGUGUCUGAAUGAGCAUACCGACGAAGACAUCUCCCAAGCACGCGAUGGCGGUGCCCUUGCCGACGGUGCCGUUGGUCUCAUCUCGCGAGUGGCGGCCCUCCGACUUGCGGCGAGACGACAGAUUCAGACUGCUCAGCUGACAUGUACACACACACACAUACAGAGAGAGAGAGAGAGCCCAUUCACUUCUCGUGUCUGUCUGUCUGUCUGUCUGUCUGUGUGUCUAGGUAUACGCACCAUCUGAGAGCAUCUGGAGAGCAGGGCUUCGAGCUUGCGCGCCGUGGGCAGCUCCGAAGGCACCACGCCCAUCAGAUGACGCACCUGCAUCAUCCACCCGUUCGCCCAGCCACUCAUUGAUGCGCUGAGGGAUGGAUGGAAACACCCGUUUGUGUGCAGACCAAGCAGCGUACCACACUCAGCCAUGCGGAGCAGUCCCUUUCGAGCAGGCCUUCCUCCUCCAACACACUUGAGCAUAUGUCCUGUGCACUCACACAGACAGACAGGCACAUAAGCAGCAUGGCGAUCUCUCAUUCUGCCUGUGUGGCUUCCUGACUGCUCGGCUCACCACGACGGUUUCCAUGCCCAGGACGGCCCCCACACAGAGAACGCCGCGCACAUUCUCCGCACACACGCCACUCUGCAGCGAUUGACACUCACACACACACGCAUACACAGACGAAGACUUACACACAUAUUCAGACACAGGCAGGCAGGCUUACCCGUUCUUCUGAAGAGCUCUCCAGCGCCGCAUACCCCACGCCGAUGGCAGCCUGCAACGCGGUCUCGUCUGCGUAUUUGGCCACUUGAUCGAGCAGCGCUGUCAAGUCCAUCUGAUGCUGCUGUUGGUCCUGCUCCCGGAGCUUGUGCUCGAAGAGCGGGCUCAGUGCCGCCAGAAUGACCCUGCACACAGCACACGUGCACCUGUGUUUCUUUCUGUCCGCAUGAGCUCGAGUGCAGGACCGGCUGCACAGCGUACCGAUGGCAGGGCAGUGAGAGAGAUCGGCACGUGAUCGUGAUGUCACACAAGAUCCCUGUCACACACACACAGAGAGUUGUUCUCUCUCCGUGUGUCUGUCUGCCUGUCUGCCUGUCUGCCGUGUGUGUGUGUGUGUGUGUACCUUCUUGCUGGAACAGGGCCAGCUUGGCAGCUGGUGUCAGGGGCGACGGCCGCUGCGUCAGCGACCGACGGAGAGGCUGCGAGGUCGACAUCUGACAGCGAUGCUGUGACCCACCUGAUGUGGACAGGGGAAGGAGAUUAACGCGAGAUCUUCAGCGUUUCUGGUCAACUGACGAUGACCCUGCCCUGAUGCGCGCAGCUCGAGAAAGAUG